AUGAAGGUAGCAUUGUUUGUACUGGUGCUCCUCUGCGUGGCUGGAAUGCUGCAUGCUGAGGCCUCGGACCAGUCUGGAGAGAACAGUCUCACAGAAAAUGGACAGGGUUUGGGUAGAAGAUAUGCUGAGUCAACCAUUGCCAGUGACAUGAGCAAAAUCAUGGACUCCAUGGUUCAGAAGAAUUUUGUCAACUUCCUGCUCAACCAGAAGGAGAAAAAGAGCAUGUCUAAUGUCACUCCGGAGGAAGAUCCAGGGGCUCGCUUGUACAACAAUCUCCUGAAAAAGCUUGCACUGUGCAUCCGCAGCAAGGGACACAGAUCCAUGUGA